AUGGAUGAGUACAAACGCCUUGCUACGCCGCAGGGUGCGCGCGGGGACUCCCCAAGCAACAGCAACGUCCGCCUUCAUCUGUGGUCCUCUUUAAAUAGUGAUGACCUGUCCCUCAUGGUCGAACCCAAGCCCCUUAGAGCGAGAACAGGGAACGGCACUCAGAAUGCCAGGCCAACAAAGGACGCGGCAUCUUCUGCAAGAGUAACGGCACCGAUCAUUGUGCACUCCAUGACGGUGGACGCAACGGGCGUGUCCUCCGAUCAGCAGCGGUCAUCACCCUCCGUCUUCAUCGCCACGCCGCCCUUGUCUCGCUCCGUGUUACCUCCAUGGGGAGCCGAGGCGAAGACAGCCGCUUACCCGGAAGUCUCUGAUCAACCAGGUGCAGAGGAAGAGAUGAAGGUCCUCAUGCCGGUCAAUGACCCAACCUCAACUCAAGCUUCAAUGAUCAACAUAAGCGGCAAUGCCGCCGCGGCGAUCCUGCCGUUGCCGUCCGUGAGUGUUGGCGAGCACAGCCUCGAAGCUGGCUGUUCAAGGCCCAAGUCAGGCAAGUUGGGGGUCUCGUUCACGCAAGCACCGUUGACGGUGCCGCGAGUUGGAGCUGUCCCACCUGUUUCCACGCCGGGUGUGAACCACAGCGUUUCGAGUGGCGGGGGCCACCUGCACACCCCGAACACUUGCUUUGGGAAGGUGGGUGGUGCGGGAUCUAUGUCGUUCUCCUCGGGUGCCGGCGGCAGCUUACUCCCUGCCGACGGAACGAGAGGUGGGCUGACCAAACAGACUUCUGCUUGCCCCAGCUACCACGCGAGCAGCAGCGCGAACGAGGAAAACCGUUUCGACGGCACAGCGAUGGUGGCCGUCGCCCUCGGCGACGAGAAACCCCCUUUUUCCACUGUGCGGAGUGUUGAACCCGCUAACAGCUCGCCGUCACCGAAGUCUGGCAGCGGCGCGGCGAGGCCGCUGAUCCCCCUGCCGUCAACGAUGCGUCCUGGCACCCGCUGUCUGGACCAGCAUCACUACACCGCUGAUUCGUCGUUAGCCAGCACGUGGGAGUUGUCGUACAGACCAGGCGCGACCGCGACGCGGUUCAAGCGGCGCACUUGCCAGGUGCCCGUUUCUAUGGCGGUGGUGAUGAAUACAGUCGUCACCGUCAUCAUUGUUGCCGCCCUCACCAUUGUGCCUCUCAACGCCGUCUUAACCCAGUCGGCCGACUAUGUGAUGUCGACGCUCGGUCUCUCGCUUGCCUUUUCCUACACGCGGUCGGUGGAGGCAAGCAUGCUGUUUUUGCCGAACGCGGUCAGUGCCUACGCGCUGGCUUACAUGAACUCACAGGACAUGCAGGCGUGGAACUGGAAUGCCUCUGACAUGCCACAGGCGCUGCGGCAGAUGUGUCACACAGUCGCCAGAACCGAUCGCAACCCAACCUCCUUUCUGCUGUACAUGUCCUUGAGCAGCCCGUACACGGGGUACAGCGCGUACUGCUCACAGCAGUACAACGACUACCUGGUUGGCAACUACAUCACGGACAACUCGUCGCAGCCCCGCUACUUCGUGAACGGCACCACAUACAGCUACGUUGAGCCCCUCACCAUAUACCCAGCUGUGCAAGCAAUGACACCGUGGGAGUACACGGUUGAUUUUGGAGGGACGAAGAACACGUGGCAUAGUGUCGUCAUGCCGUGGUACGCGCAAUACCAACAGGGCCGGCUCUCCAGGGCAGCUGCAGGCGCUUCCUUGCAUCACGAGGCUGGCCCUGACCGUGAUAGGCGCUCCUUCACGAGGCCCGAGGUUUGGGCCACUGACUCUUUCAAAUACCUGAACGGGUACUGGCGCAUCUUCAGCAACAACGUCAGCGUCAUCACGUACACGUUUCCGUUCGUCGACUACGCCGGUAACCCAGCCUCUAUCAUGGGUGCCCUGCAUGCGGACGGCUUCAACGCCCUGUACUCAGACAGCCUCAUGUCCACUUCCAGGAGUGCCCGCGCCAUGGUUGUCGACACGUCAAGCGGUCUUGUCUUUAUCACCUCCUGGGGACAGGACACGACAGUGCGGUUGGACAACUGGAACACGUCUUGCAACUGCACUCCUGGUGGAAGCAGUCAGCGAGCCGCAUACCUGGAGGACAUCACAGACCCACUCAUGAUCGCUGCCGUGCAGAACGUUGGUGGCCGGAAAGGCAUCGCCGACACACCGUUAGAGGUGGAUCGGUGGUUCGGUGAAUUCACUUUUAACGGCACCGAACACCUGAUGGUGAUCAGCCGCGUUGCCAUCUCCUCUGACUACUCUAACAUGAACCUCGUCGUCAUCUACGCCAUGUGUAAGACUGACUUCACUUCCUUCAUCAAUCAUGUGCAGAUCACCGCCUUUAUCGCGGUCGGGCUGGUUCUGGUGGUUAUUGUGCUGGUCGAGAUCUCCCUCCUGUACCUGAUUGUGCAGCCGGUGCGCGGGGUGGCAGCUGGUCUGCGGGCAGCGGCGGAGCUGCGCGACGGCAAAGAGUGUGUUGACCAUGCAACGUCCGUAGUCAAGGAGGUGGCGGAGAUGCAGCGUGACUUCCAUAUUAUGAAUACAAAGCUAAUGCAGAUGAAGACGUUUCUCCCGCAGGGUAUGCUCGGGGCCCAAACCGCGUACUCCGACAUUCAAGGCGCCAACGGUAAAGACUCGACUGUCUUCCCCACCUCGGCGUUACAUGGGCGGGGAGGAAGCGGCGUGUGGGAGAAUGCGUGCGGCGACGAUGGGCACGGUGAACCGGGUGACAUGCUUGGCGGCGACGUGUGCGCAGCCCAACACAGCGGCAAAGGCAGCGGUGUUGAACUGGGAAGUAUACUCGACGCGGGUGAGACGGGUCAGCAGCGGCGUCGGAGCUGCGGCCAGUCAGUGGCAGAGGUGGCACACCUCCGCCUGAAUGAUCGCGUGCUCCUCGAGGGGGUAAACCGCUUUCGUCGGUGCUACUGUAGCACCAUCGUUUUCUGCAUGCACUUGAUGGAGUCUGAGAUCAGCGUCAAGUUCUUGAACAAGAACUGCGUCUACUUCACCGAGGGUGUGCUGCCGUGCGUGCUGCGUUACGGCGGCGUCGUUGAGCUGCAGCGGCCGGACUACAUCGUCGUCAGCUUCGGCGCGCACAACAAGGUCGCGUUGCAUCAGAACCGCGCCGCCACGUGCGCACUGGAGGUGAUGAAGGUGCUGAACGCCACCACCCCGAUCGGCCCACGCGUGGGGUGCAUGAUCGACGCAAGCGAGUACUAUGUCGGCACCUGCGGCGCGGCGGACCGAAACGCGCUCGUCGCCUUCAGCAACAGCUUAGUCCCGAAGGCUGACCUCAUUCGCGUGCUCAAGUCUGUGCAGACGCAGAUCGUUCUCACGCAGCGACUCGCCUCCACUCUGGAAAGCUCGAUGCUCGUCAUGCCGGUGGAUUGCAUGAUACUGAACCCGAUCAGCAUGAAGGAGAUCAUCCUGUACGAGCUGCGGGGCCACAUCCGCAUGCUGCCGUCGAAGGUGUCUGUGGUGAUGGUGCGCCAGGUCAUCCGUGGUGUGCGCAUGGGCUUCACUCACAUGCUCAAGGGUGACUAUGGCAGGGCACUUGAGAUACUGGAGCCAUUCGAGACAACGGAGUUGCAGGCGGCCCGCCUCGGUUUCAUGUGCCGGGUCUUUAUCUCACGCCAUAUUAACCGCCCGUUCGUGCGGUCCGUCACACGCCUUACCUUUUCUGAGGCACACUUUGCAGGCUACAGCGAGGGCUGGUCCACGGAGUGGGGCGAUUCGCACGAGAGCAGCACCUCUUUCGGCGCUCACGGGCACAGAGGUGUUACUAAAGGCGCCGUAGAGACCGCGAAUCCUCUAGCUGCCGGCGGCGGCAUCGGCGGCAGCGCCUCCUCCUUCGCGUUGUCGCCCUUCAGCAGUGACCUCGACCCGGCGACGCUUCUGAUGACGCCACCGACGCUGCGGUUGGUUGUCGGGGCUUCCUUGGACCUUCCCCUGUCUAACAAGGAGGGCGCCAAGCAGAUUAAUGAGAGCAGCAUAACGGUGAGCGCCUCGUCGGCCGCCACCCGCGCCAACGAAGGCUCUCUGAACAUGAGCAGGAGCACCAGCGCCGCCGGGGAGAAGCCUGAGCAGAAUGAACUGGAAAGAGCGGCUGCGAGACGUGCCGUGGCGGAUGAGGACGAGACAGCGCUCUUUGAGAUAUUCGUAGAGAACCAGCCCGACGACGAUGACGACGUGGAUGACGGAGAAGCUGAGGUGGGCGGGAGGGGCAGCAGGGUUGGCAGCAGCGCGUGUUACAGCGCUCGCAGGAAGGUGGCAAACAGCGGCAGCUUCGGCGGCGGAGAGGUGGCGGUGGGGCAUUGCACCGCAGCAGCUAUGUGCGCAGGCGAGGCGAUGCGCUGUCCUCACAAAAGUGAGCUGCCCCUCGUCUUCAACGACUACGAGGGCAACACGUGGCGCCGCUCCUACGACAUACUAGGUACCGGCGCCUUCGCCACCGUGUACCGCGGCCUAUCCGUAUCUGGCAACCUUGUCGCGCUCAAGUGCUUCCAACUUGGCGCGCGAAACAUCGAAGUGCACGCAGUCGUCGAUGAAGUGCGCCUGUUCGCAAACCUGCACCACGAAAACGUUGUGCAGUACCUCAGCUUGUACGUGUCGGAGUCGUACGUGAUCGAGAUUAUGGAGUUUGUGCCGGGUGGCUCCCUCGAUACACUGCUGAAGAGCUUUGGUUCUCUUCAGCCAGAGUCAGUGCGACGCUACCUGCGAGAUAUCGCGCGUGGUUUGAGUUAUCUGCACACGGCAAACAUAGUGCACUGCGACAUCAAGCCACACAACGUCCUCCUCGCCAUGGAUGGACAGUGCAAGCUGAGCGACUUCGGCUCCGCCAUUGCACGGGCGACCUCGUCCGUAGGCAGCAUUGACAACGUUCUUGAGAUGCGCGGCACACCGGGCUAUAUGGCGCCAGAGGUGGCGCGCGGUGACGUGCCGACCAUGAAGAGUGACGUGUACUCGCUAGGAAUCACCAUUUUAGAGCUUCUCACUGGGAAGCUGCCUUGGGACUACACCGAUGCUUUCACCCCGAAGGUGUUAGGGAAGCGGACGCAAUCCAAGAGCGCCUCCGAGCAUCGCGCGUCGCAGUUGCAGGCGUGCCCCGCGGCGGGAGCGCGGGACACAAGAGUAGCGGACAGCGCCGUCGCACAGGCGGGGACCAAUCUGUCGACAAAGGCGUUGAACGCGGGGAUCGCAGCUACCCGGGGGCCCUCGGGUGGACCCAUCACGGAUAGCCGCCUAUAUACCGCGACGAUGCUGUCGAACUCAAGCUACGCAGGCCCGGCCACGUGUACGGGCGAGACGGUGUGCGGGUCUGGCAGUGGUCUGCUCUCUGUGGAAAAUGAGAGCGGUGAGGCGGAGCAUAGCUUCAGAAGUUUGGAGUUUAGCGGCAGCGGCGCAGGGCUCGCCGGAGUGAGCUCUGACUUGCCUCAACGCGCACUGGUAAGCACACCGGAAGAGAGGGCCUCUGCUACUGUUACUUCCCUGAGAGCCACCGCCGCGUCUCUCGCGACGGUCGCCGCGGUGAAGGGCGCAGCAGCCGAAGCAUGCGAUGAGGACGGCUCCGCUAUGCCUCUCGGUGGUGCCCUAAAGCAUUUCCUUGAGAUCAGUCCGAGUCGGCAGUUGCAUCACAGCAUCGCUCACAGCCCCUCCUCUACCUCUCGGCGCUCUUCCAGUGCGAUCUUAUCUUCGUUCUACCAGACUCCGCACUCCGCUGUGUCGCUGCACCGCCGACCCAUCGAACAGGUGCUUCGAAGUUCCACCCAGCUUGUUGUGUACAUUGGACGUGGGCUGGUGGUGCCGCGUAUCCCCGAUACGCUGGAUGAGGACGUGAUAAACUUCCUGGAGCUGUGCCUGAGGCCUGAUCCGGCAGAGCGUGCCACCAUGUCGGAGCUGAUGCUGCACCCAUGGUUGAUGUAA